AUGGCCUCCAUCCCCAGUCCAAAGUCGCCCGCUGCGCCUCGAAGCGGUCUACGAGCACCCUCCACAGCGUCUCCCGCUUCCUCCAACAGCAGCAUACCCCCGAUACCAAAGGCCGGCCAGCUCGCUGCCGCAUCCUCAAAGACAGUCCGGAAAGCUGUCAGCAUAAACUCCUUCCCGAAGCCUCCCAAGGGCGACGGUCGAAACAGCAGCAUGCCCUCUAGCCCGCUGGCAGGCAACGGAGCUCGCGCCACGCGAAAACCGAAGCCCGUCAGAGACUCCGUAGCCAGCAGUAAUACUCCAACGCCUACGCCGAGCCUGCUGAAUGGCAGCGCCGAGGGUAAAUUCAUAAGCAGCGUCCGUAUGUCUGAUGGGCACAUCAGUGUAUCGUCCCCCACUCAAAGCCGAAGUUCCUCAGCUCAGGGCUCCUAUUCCACAUCAGCGACGACUUACGAAGACUCGGCCGACGCGUCCGGGAGCGCAUCCGAAAAGCGAUCGUCUGCUACGGAGGCAAAGGGCAACGUCAUUGUCAGCGUCCGAGUGCGACCCGAUUCUUCAAACAGCGACCACGCGGACGGAGAAUGGAUGGUCGACGGUCGACGGGCUUUGAUUGGAUAUAGAGGAAAAGAAGGAGGCGACUAUUACUAUGACAAUGUGUUCACGACGCACGAUGACAACGCCCGUGUCUACGACCACAUGGCCAAGCGCCUCGUCCGGAGAGUAAUGGAAGGCUACCAUGGCACGGUCUUCGCCUAUGGCCAGACGGGCACUGGCAAGACGUUUUCCAUGCAAGGAACGGCAUCGUCACCAGGUGUCAUCCCGCUGGCCAUCACCGACAUCUUUUCAUACAUUCGAGAAACGCCGUCCCGCGAAUUCCUGCUGCGAGUGAGCUACCUUGAAAUUUAUAACGAAAAGAUUCACGAUCUGCUGAGCAUGGCCUCUGCCAAUGGCGCUGCGGCUCCGCAAGAAGAGAUCAAGCUACGCGAAGACGCCAAGCGCGGCGUCUACGCCACUCCCCUGAAGGAGGAAAUCGUCCAGAGUCCCACGCAGCUGCUUCGAGUCAUUGCACGGGGUGACCAGGCCCGUCGCACAGCCAGCACUCAGUUCAACUCCCGAAGUUCUCGAAGUCACGCCGUCGUACAGAUCAUCGUCGAAAGCCGAGAGCGAAUGCCGGCCAGCGGCAACGCCGGCGAUAGCAAGCGAUCAGGCAUGGUGCCCGGAGGUGUCCGAGUGUCUACGCUGAGCUUGAUCGAUCUUGCCGGCUCAGAAAAGGCGGCAGAGUCCAAGGAGCGAAGACAAGAGGGCGCGCACAUCAACAAGAGCUUGCUCACGCUCGGAACGGUCAUUGCAAAGCUUUCUGAGUGGAAGGACAAGGGCGGCGACAAGGAUGGGAAGCAUCUGCCGUACCGAGACAGCAAGCUGACGCGACUGCUUCAGGGAGCCCUCUCUGGUAACUCCCUCGUCAGUAUCCUUUGCACGGCCGCGCUUGGCGUGACUGGAACUGCUGCAACGUCCGCCAACCACACCAUUGAGACGCUCAACACGCUCAAGUUCGCCUCCCGCGCAAAGAACAGCAUUGUCAGUCACGCUAAGAAGGCCGAGGAAGCCCUGGGCGCCGGAGGCGAUGGCGGCGCGAGGGUCCUCUUGGAGCGAUAUCGCAUGGAGAUCCAGGAACUCAAGCAGCAACUCGAGUCGCAGGCUAACAAGAAGAACGACGAGGAGAUCAAGGAGCUUGUCGAGGAGGACCGUGUGCAGACGCAGCAGAUGGCUGAGCGGCACGAGGAACAAAUUUUGGAAAUGCAGCUUGCCAGGACGGCACUCAAGGAACGAAUCGAUCACCUGAACCGCCUGAUUCUCAGCUCCAAGUCGGCCGGCGUCAACUCGAACGGGACCAUGAGCGCACUUGCACGAUACUCGCAGAUCUCGUUAGUGCCGGGAUCAGCCCGAUCGUCAGUUGCCAUGUCGAUUCGGUCGCCCCUAGAGCGGACGGCAUCGGUGGCGUCAAACUCCACGAUCGGGCGGAGAUCCAGCUACGGGGCCAAGAGAAUGUCGGGCGAAGCGGCAGCCGAGAUUAUUGAUGCGGAGGAGGACAGCAUCGGCGAGAACGGGGACGGGCUGGCUUCGCUGACGGCGCAGAACCGAGCAUUGCAGGCCGAUCUGGCAGACAAGAACCGAUACAUCUCGACGCUUGAGAAACGACUGCUGCAGGCACGACGAGCCAGCUCUUCCCGGACAUCGUCUGGCUUCUCCGUCACGACCAAGGGCAUCAUGGUGGGCGAGGAUCACAGCGUGGCUGCCCUACUAAAGGAGAAGGACGCCGAGAUUGCCGAUCUGCGAGCCAGGCUGGACGACAAGGAUCGCAUGCUGGCUGCCCUGAGAAGCGCAGCUCGCUCUCGGGACAAUGCCGAUGCAAUGACGGAGCCUCGCUCGCCCCAGUCACAAGGCGGCAUUCGAAACAGUCUUCACUGGAGCCCUCUUCGCAAAGAGUCCAAGAGAAGGACCAAGAGCAUUGACGAGAUGAACAAUAUGCUCGAAGAGAUGAUUCAGGACAGAGUCGAGACCGGCCAGAUCGUUAGGGGUGUUCGAGGCAGUGUACGACUGGCGCCGAUUCACAGGCUGGAAUCACUAGGCGAGCCUCCCAGCGAGCUUCCACCGUUGCGACGUGUGGCAACGCCCGUUGGAGAGCGCAGCACCCCUGUUGAAGCUGCGUCAUGA